AUGGCGGCGUGGUGGUAUUUUGUACCUCGCCACGGCGACGCCAUGCCGCCGAAAACUAUGGCGUCCGCCACAGAAGGAUGGCGUCGCUAUGGCGUCGUUAUGGCGUCCGGUAGCGUCACGUUGCUUAUGGCGGACGUCGUAAAUCGAAAGGAGAGGAUAAGAUAUUUAGAAGAGUCAAGUCCAGAACAGAACACCUUCUCGGCCCGGUGCUCCUCUGCGCCGCAUCCUCCUCCGGCGCCGCUUCCUCCUCCGCCGGGGCGCAGCGGCCAGGAUUUUCCUCCUCCGCCGGGGCGCAGCGGCCAGGAUCUUCUUCCUCCGCCGGGCUGCUGCAGUGCUGCACUUCCUCCUCCGCCGGACCGCUGCACUUCCUCCUCCGCCGGGCCGCCGCAGUGCUGCACAUCCCUCUCUGCUCCCGUGCGCCGUGCUCCCCGAGACAUAAUGGAGCACCUGAACAUAGCUACUCAAGGGAAAAGUGCGGAGGCCUCGGACGCCGCAUCAAAUUAUGAUCCAAAGACUGAUCCAAAGCGCAAGCCAGGAAGGUCAAAUGAUCCUGGAUGGAAAUAUGCAUUUUGGCCGACUAUUGGUAAUAGAGAUCUCUUGCAGUGUUGCUUGUGUGAUAGAACUGUAACUGGAGGAAUUACAAGGCUCAAGGAGCAUCUUGUGGGUGGUUAUGGAGAUAUUCUGAAGUGUGCCAAAACCAGACCAGCUAUUGCUCAGGAGAUGCAAGCUGCUUUGAAGGGCAAGAAGAGACCACUUCUGCUUAAUGAUGAUGGAGAGCUUCAAGGAGAAGAUGAUGAUGUGCUUGAUGCGACAGAGGAGUCCCAAGAUGCUUCUAGAAGCAUUAUGCAUCCUAGUUCAGGGACUGCUGCUAAAAGGAAACAAUCUAGCUUUUUGAAGUUCAGAGCACCAAAAGAGCCCGACACAAAGUCAGUCGGUUCAAUGCUUAGGAGAACUCCAAAAGAGGUUGUAGAAGAAAGACAUUCGAAGGGUCCUUCUCAGAUCAGUAUCCAAGCUAGCAUGAGGACAAAAGAAGAAAGAGAAGCUGUCAACUUGGAGUGGGCCAGGUUCUUUUAUGAGUGUGGCAUACCAUUCAAUGCCGCAAAUUCUAGGCAAUUUGAGAUUGCUAUAGAGGCCACUGCACAAUAUGGUUCUGGGUACAAGCCUCCCACCUACCAUGAGCUUAGGGAGCCAUUACUCGAGAAGGUUGUUAAGGAAAUAUAUGAUUUGAGGAAGAGGCAUGAGGAUGCCUGGAAGCAAUAUGGUUGCACAUUAAUGUCAGAUGGAUGGACGGAUAGGAGAGGGCACCAUUUGAUCAACUUCCUAGUCAAUAGUCCGGAGGGGACUUUCUUCUUAGAGUCGAUUGAUGCAUCAAGUGAAGUUCAUGAUCAAGUGAUGCUAGCUGAUUUGUUAGAGAAGAGAAUAAGCGACAUUGGCGUUGAUAAAGUUGUGCAAGUUGUCACUGACAAUGGGGCUAACUAUAAGGUAGCGGGAAAGCUUCUCAUGGAGAGGUUUCCUACGCUUUUUUGGACACCUUGUGCUGCACAUUGCUUGGAUCUUAUGUUGGAAGAUGUUGGAAAGUUGAAGGCAUUCAAGAAGCCUAUCUCACGUGCCCGUCAUGUCACUACUUUCAUCUAUAGGCAUGGAAGACUUCUUAGUGCAAUGAGGGAGAAGAUAGGUGGUAGGGAUCUUGUGAGACCAGCAGCAACUCGGUUUGUUACCACAUUUCUCACCUUACAAAGUUUGCACAAGCAUAGAGAUGCAUUGAGAUAUCUGUUUACCUCUAAUGAUUGGACGAGUUGCAAACUAGCAAAGACAGAGGCCGGGAAAAAAGUAUAUGAUAUUGUGCUUUCUAGGGAAUUUUGGAAUUCUGUUGAGGAUUGCCUUAGAGCUUCUCUACCACUUAUCAUUGUGUUGAGGGUGGUUGAUGGUGAUGAGAGGCCUGCCAUGCCAGAGGUUGCUUCUCUCAUGAAUCAUGCAAAAGAGAGGAUAAAUGCCGCCUUCUGUACUGAAAACAAGAGAAGCUUGCUCAAUAAUAUCUUACAAAUUAUUGAGGGUCAUUGGGAUAGGCAAAUGGACACCCCGCUCUAUGGUGCUGCUCUCUUUUUGAACCCAGGAAAAUUCUAUGCCAUCCAAAAAGAGAAUGAUGAAUAUGUUGGGCACCUAAGGGGUUGUUUCAAUGAUGUGCUUGCACGAAUGGUGGAAGAUGAGACCCUUUGA